AUGGAUCCAUCGACCUCCAACGCAGCAGCCCUCGCAGCAGUGCCCAUCCGCCCAGCACCCAUUCGUCGAGAUUCGGGCAACAAGUUCACGCGGCCGGGCGAUAGGGAGCGGUACGAGUACGAGAAGGCGAAGGCGAGCACCGCGAGGCAGCGAACAAGGGGAAGUGGUACAAGGAAAAGGGAACGCAGGUUCCACCAGUUAAGGGAGAAGUAUGACCAGGUCACUGCUACGAAUGAGCACUACCAACAAGACCUCGAGCGGGCAAACGCCAAAAUGAAAGCCCUCCAAGCAGAGAUGGACCUACUCCUAGACGCAAUGUCCAUCGCCCUCCCCUCCGAGCCCGUCCUCGAGCGGUUCUACAACGAGCCCAUCUACGGCCCGCCCGCGCCCUCCCCGGAGACCCCAUCCGACUUCGCGCCGCCUCUGCAGUACUUCGCGCCCGCGCCCGCUCCCGACGCGCCGUAUGCGAACGGCGCCUAUCGGGCCCAGCACACUAGCAACGGGCAUGCUGGGAGCCACCCCCGCCCGCCAUCGCCGUCGCCUCCCCCGCGGGACGACCGAUAG